CUGCAAAGCUGAUGGUGAAUUCAAAUCAUUUAGAUGCCAUCUUGCACCAAGUAUUUGCAGGCUUCGUCAUGUCUAAACCAAAGAAUUGGCCAGAUGGCUUCCCGUAUCUCAAGGCACCUCUUCAUGACAAGAGUCUAACUCCAACGCACAUACAAGCUCUCAAAAACAAACCCUCUGCUCCAGGCGGCAUUCCAAUCAUCCCAUCGCCGGCGACAACAACACCGUGCAAUCUGGUCAAAAUCCAGCCCAUUUCUGAGCCGUCACACCCAGCAAACGGUCAAAGUGGUCUCUUCGCAGCUCAGAAUCUUGCGCCUGGUAGCUUCAUUCUCGCGUAUCUCGGCCGAGUGCACUCAGGCUCGGCAUCCUCAACAGAGAGCGACUACGAUUUAUGGCUGGACCGAGAGCUUGACGCAGCUGUUGAUGCAGCGAAUGAAGGAAACGAGGGACGCUUCGUGAACGACUUUAGAGGCGUGGGGGAGAGAGCGAAUGCGGAGUUUAGGACUGUUUGGUGCGAGCGAUGGGGAGAGCUUUGUGUGGGAGUUUGGGUGCUUGGAGGUGGGAAGAAGAAGAAGGGAGUAGGGAUUAAGAAGGGAGAGGAGAUUCUUGUUAGCUACGGUAAAGGAUUUUGGGGAGAGAGGAAAGCCGAGGAAUAUGAGUAUGGUUAUGAGGGAGACGAUGGGGAGGGAGUUGGUAGUGAAGUCGCAUCAUGAUGUGCACUUGGAGAUGGAGAUAGUUUCAGUUAUUGUGUUUUGACGUCUUAUCACCAACAUCUUACUCAAUUUCCAUAAAUGCAACAAUAAAAAUAUUCAUUGGAUCCUUA